AAGAAGGCAGAGACGGGCAUCUGGCGCGCCCUCGACCCGCUCGGCAAGGGCGUCAACAGGCUCGCCAACCGCGCCGGCGCAGAGAGCUUCUGGCCCACCGAGCUGGCCGAGGGCGAGAUCGAGAAGGCCGCGCGCAUCCUCCGCUCCUUCAGCGACGGCGCGCAGGCCGACGACGACGGCGACCUCUCCGGCGGCGUCGCGGACCCCAAGGGCAAGGGCAAGAAGGACAAGCGCCACCAGAAGGUCGUCAAGAAGAUCCCGCCCAAGGCGCUGCAGGGCGCGUGCGGCAUCGUCAUCAUGACGCUCUUCCGCACGGGCUUCGGCGUGUCGGGCGCGAGUGGCAGCGGUGUCGUCGUGGCACGUCUGCCUGAUGGCUCUUGGAGCCCGCCUUCGGGCCUGCUCGUGCACACCAUCGGCUUCGGCUGGCUCAUCGGCCUGGAUGUCUACGACGUCGUGCUCGUCCUGCGCAAGCCAGGAGCGCUCGAGGAGUUCAUGAAGCCCAAGGUGUCGCUCGGUGUCGAGUUCUCUGUCGCUGCGGGCCCGGUCGGAAAUGGCGCCAUGCUCGAGGGCGGUCCAAACGGCGCCGCCUGCUGGUCCUACACCAAGUCGAAGGGCGCAUACGUGGGCCUUCAGCUGGACGGCUCGGUCAUUCUCAAGCGCGACGAUGCGAACGCACGCUUCUAUGGCGGCUCUUACAGCGUGCGCGAUAUCCUGCAGGGGCGCGCCAUGGCCAAUGCGGCGGCAGUGCGGCCGCUGCUCGCCACGCUAUACGCCGCCGAGGGUCGGCCGCAGAUCAUGGGCACGCAGUAUGUGCCCCAGGGCCCCGCGCCCGGCGACACGAUGAUCACCGAUCAGGAAAAGGCGGCGCUGCAGCAGCAGGCACAGGCACAAGAGCAGCACGGCGCUUCGAACCCAUACGCCGCAGGUGCU